CAAGUUCCUUGCUGAGCUGAUUGGCGGAGCCGCCGAGUGUAACCGAAGCCAAGGAGAUGGCGUUGAACUGCAGUCAGAGCGGCCGAGGAAUUGGGUCGGUUUUUCCGGAUCUGAGUGCUGAGGAUUCGGAGGAUUUCGGCCCGACUCAAAUUGAGAGCUUGUGCAUGAAUUGCUACAAGAAUGGGAUGACCAGGUUGCUAUUGACUAAGAUUCCAUUCUUCAGAGAGAUUAUUGUUAGUUCAUUCGCCUGUGACAACUGUGGUUGGGUGAACAAUGAGAUCCAGUCAGCUGGGAAGAUCCAGGAACAGGGAGUACGAUACACAGUCCAUGUUUCUUCCAGACAGGACCUGAAUCGCGAGGUUGUGAAAGCGGACAGUGCAACGACCAAAAUCCCUGAACUUGACUUUGAGAUUCCACCAUUUACACAGAAAGGAGCUCUUUCUACUGUUGAGGGUUUGAUUGACAGAGCGGUUGGGGGUUUAGAGCAAAACCAGCCUGCAAGGAAGGCAACUGAUCCUGAUGUGGCUUAUAAGGUUGAGGAAUUUAUUGAGAAACUAAAAAAGCUGAAGGAACUUGAGACUCCAUUCACACUGGUUAUUGAUGAUCCAUCUGGAAACAGCUUCAUUGAAAAUCCAUAUGCCCCUCAGAAAGAUGAAGCCUUAAUGAUUACUCAUUACAAGCGAAAUGCUAAACAGGACAGUAUGUUGGGAUUGCAGGAAUGGACACAGGAGGAGAAGAAGACUGAAAAUAUCCAAGAAGAUUUGAGGAAUGAAGUGCUGCAAUUUCCUACCAACUGCCCAGAAUGUAAUGCGUCUGCUGAAACAAAUAUGAAGCUAGUGCAGAUCCCACACUUCAAGGAAGUGAUAAUCAUGGCAACAAACUGCGAAGCGUGUGGGCAUCGGACCAAUGAGGUAAAGUCAGGAGGAGCUACUGAGCCUUUGGGUACAAAAAUUUCUCUAUGGAUUACAGACCCCUCUGACAUGACCAGAGACCUGCUCAAGUCUGAAACCUGCUCUAUUGCUAUUCCAGAGCUGGAGUUUGAACUUGGAAUGGGGAUCCUUGGAGGAAAGUUCACAACAUUGGAAGGAUUGCUGGCAGAUAUAAAAGAAUUGAUUGUGACAAAGAACCCAUUUUUUAUUGGAGACAGCAAUGAUCCUGAAAAAUUUGUAAAACUUAAAGAAUUUGCAUCAAAGUUGGAUGAGAUUAUGUUGGGUAAAAAAGAAGCCCACCUUAUUCUUAAUGACCCAGCUGGGAACAGUUAUCUCCAGAAUUUGUAUGCCCCUGAUCCUGAUCCACAAAUGACGAUAGAGAAAUAUGAGCGCACGUUUGAACAAAAUGAGGAACUAGGUUUGAAUGACAUGAAAACUGAAAACUAUCAGCCACAGAAAAAUGGACAAAUAGUGCAAUAACAGUCAGUUGAGAGCAGGUUGAAGAGAAAAAGCUAAUGUGAUUGUCACGUGAAAAUAGUUCAUUCUCAAAAGAAACAUUAUCAAGGACAAGACGUUGAAGUAUUUAUAGAAGAAUUUGACAUGGAGCUGGGCACGUUCAAAUGAGAAGCAAUCAAAAUUUCUUGAACGUUGGCAUGGUGUUUGAUAGAAUAAUAGUUCCUCUUCGGGGAAUGUGUCCAGUAUUAGUUUUCUGCUCUAUCCUUCAAGCUCUGUGUAUGCUUCAGCAGCAGUUUUCUGAUCAAGGUGAAAAGAGUGGAAUUUGCGGGCAAGAUCCUACAUGCUACCAUCUGAUAGGCAGCCACCUUGUAUUCUUUGUGCACUUUGAAUUCUUAGUACUAAUUCUCAGUGCUAAUUUUGGGUAACCUUAUCCAAACUCUUUCAAGCCCCUAAGUGUAAAAUGUUUAGAAACAUAGAAAAUAGGUGCAGGAGUAGACCAUUCGGCUCUUUGAGCCUGCACCGCCAUUAAGUAUGAUCAUGGCUGAUCAUCCAACUCGGAACCCUGUACCUGCUUUCUCUCCAUACCCCCUGAUCCCUUCAGCCACAAGGGCCAUAUCUAACUCCCCCUUAAGUAUAGCCAAUGAACUGGCCUCAGCUGUUUCCUGUGGCAGAGAAUUAAACAGAUUCACCACUCUGUGUGAAGAAGCUUUUCCUCAUCUCGGUCCUAAAAGACUUCCCCUUUAUCCUUAAACUGUGAUCCCUCGUUCUGGACUUCCCCAACAUCGGGAACAAUCUUCCUGCAUCUAGCCUAUCCAAUCCCUUUAGAAUUUUGUACGUUUCAAUAAGAUCCCUACUCAAUCUUCUAAGUUCCAGUGAGUAUAAGCCUAGUCGAUCCAGUCUUUCUUCAUCUGAAAGUCCUGCCAUCCCAGGAAUCAAUCUGGUGAACCUUCUUUGGCAAAAAUGUCUUUCCUCAGAUUAGGGGACCAAAACUGCACACAAUACUCCAGCUGUGGUCUCACCAAGGCCUUGUAGAACUGCAGUAGAACUUCCCUGCUACUGUACUCGAAUCCUUUUGCUAUGAAUGCCAACAUACCAUUUGCCUUUUUCACCGCCUGCUGUACCUGCAUGCCCACCUUCAAUGACUGGUGUACAAUGACACCCAGGUCUCAUAGCACCUCCCCUUUUCCUAAUCGGCCAUCAUUUAGAUAAUAAUCUGUUUUCCUGUUCUUGCCACCAAAGUGGAUAACCUCACAUUUAUCCACAUUAAAUUGCAUCUGCCAUGAAUUUGCCCACUCACCUAACCAAUCCAAGUCACCCUGCAUCCUCUUAGCAUCCUCCUCACAGCUAACACUGCCGCCCAGCUUCGUGUCAUCUGCAAACUUGGAGAUGCUGCAUUUAAUUCCCUCGUCUAAAUCAUUAAUAUAUAUUGUAAACAACUAGGGUCCCAGCACUGAGCCUUGCGGUACUCCACUAGUCACUGCCUGCCAUUCUGAAAAGGUCCUGUUUAUUCCCACUAUUUGCUUCCUGUCUGCCAACCAAUUCUCUAUCCACAUCAAUACCAUACCCCCAAUACCAUGUGCUUUAAGUUCGCACACUAAUCUCCUGUGUGGGACCUUGUCAAAAGCCUUUUGAAAAUCCAAAUAUGCCACAUCCACUGGCUCCCCCCUAUCCACUCUACUAGUUACAUCCUCAAAAAAUUCUAUAAGAUUCAUCAGACAUGAUUUUCCUUUCACAAAUCCAUGCUGACUUUGUCCAAUGAUUUCACCUCUUUCCAAAUGUGUUGUUAUCACAUCUUUGAUAACUGACUAGCAUUUUCCCCACCACCGAUGUCAGGCUAACCGGUCUAUAAUUCCCCGGUUUCUCUCUCCCUUUUAAAAAAAAAUGUGGGGUUCCAUUAGCCAGCCUCCAAUCCUCAGGAACUAAUCCAGAAUCUGAAGAGUUUUGAAAAAUUAUCACUAAUGCAUCCACUAUUUCUUGGGCUACUUCCUUAAGCACUCUGGGAUGCAGACCAUCUGGCCCUGGGGAUUUAUCUGCCUUUAAUCCCUUCAAUUUACCUAAUACCACUUCCCUACUAACAUGUAUUUCCCUCAGUUCCUCCAUCUCACUAGACCCUCGGUCCCUUACUAUUUCCGGAAGAUUAUUUAUGUCCUCCUUAGUGAAGACAGAACCAAAAUAGUUAUUCAGUUGGUCUGCCAUGUCCUUGUUCCCCAUGAUCAAUUCAACUGUUUCUGACUGUAAGGGACCUACAUUUGUCUUGACCAAUCUUUUUCAUUUCACAUAUCUAUAAAAGCUUUUACAGUCAGUUUUUAUGUUCCUUGCCAGCUUUCUUUCAUGAUCUUUUUUCCCUUUCCUAACUAAGCCCUUUGUCCUCCUCUGCUGAUCUCUGAAUUUCUCCCAGUCCUCAGGUGUGCCGCUUUUUUUUGCUAAUUUAUAUGUUUCUUCUUUGGACUUGAUACUAUCCCUAAUUUCCCUUGUCAGCCACGGGUGCACUACCUUCCCUGGUUUCUUCUUUUGCCAAACUGGGAUGAACAAAUGUCGUAGUUCAUCCAUGCAAUCUUUAAAUGCUUGCCAUUGCAUAUCCACCGUCAACCCUUUAAGUAUCAUUUGCCAGUCUAUCUUAGCUAAUUCAUGUCUCAUACCUUCAAAGUUACCCUUCUUUAAGUUCAGAACCUUUGUUCCUGAAUUAACUAUGUCACUCUCCAUCUUAAUGAAGAAUUCCACCAUAUUAUGGUCACUCUUACCCAAGGGGGCUCACACGAGAAGAUUGCUAACUAACCCUUCCUCAUUGCUCAAUACCCAAUCUAGAAUGGCCUGCUCUCUAGAUGGUUCCUCGACAUGUUGGUUCAGAAAACCAUCCCGCAUACAUUCCAAGAAAUCCUCUUCCUCAGCACCCUUACCAAUUUGGUUCACCCAAUCUAUAUGUAGAUUGAAGUCACCCAUUAUAACUGCUGUUCCUUUAUUGCACGCAUUUUUAAUUUCCUGUUUAAUGCCAUCCUCAACCUCACUACUACUGUUAGGUGGCCUGUACACAACUCCCACCAGUGUUUUCUGCCCCUUAGUGUUAUGCAGCUCUACCCAUAUCAAUUACACAUCCUCCAGGCUAAUGUCCAUCCUUUCUAUUGCGUUAAUCUCCUCUCUAACCAGCAAUGCUACCCCACCUCCUUUUCUUUCCUGUCUAUCCCUCCUGAAUAUUGAAUAUCCCUGGAUGUUGAGCUCCCAUCCUUGGUCACCCUGGAGCCAUGUCUCUGUGAUCCCAACUAUAUCAUAUUCAUUAAUAACUAUCUGCACAUUCAAUUCAUCCACCUUGUUACGAAUGCUCCUCACAUUGACACACAAAACCUUCAGGCUUGUUUUUACAACACUCUUGGCCCUUAUACAAUUAUGUUGAAAAGUGGCUCUUUUUGCUUUUUGCCCUGGAUUUGCCUGCCUGCCACUUUUACUUUUCACCUUACUACUUUUUGCUUCUACCCUCAUUUUACACCCCUCCGUCUCUCUGCACUUGUUCCCAUCCCCCUGCCACAUUAGCUUAAAUCCUGUAGCAGUAGCAAACGCUCCCCCAGUACAUUGGUUCCAGUCCAGCCCAGGUGCAGACUGUCCUGUUUGUACCGGUCCCACCUCCCCCAGAACUGGUUCCAAUGCCCCAGAAAUUUGAAUCCCUCCCCCUAGCACCAUUCUUCAAGUCACGUAUUCAUCUGAAAUAUCCUCCUAUUUCUACUCUGACUAGCACGUGGCACUUGUAGUAAUCCAGAGAUUAUUACCUUUGUGGUCCUACUUUUUAGUUUAUCUCCUAACUCCCUAAAUUCACCUUGUAGGACCUCAUCCCAUUUUUUACCUAUAUCGUUGGUACCUAUGUGCACCACGACCACUGGCUGUUCACCCUCCCACUCCAGAAUGUCCUGCAGCCGCUCAGAGACAUCCUUGACCCUUGCACCAGGGAGGCAAUAUACCAUCCUGGAGUCUCGUUUGUGGCCACAGAAACGCUUAUCUAUUCCCCUUGCAAUCGAAUUCCCUAUCACUAUAGCUCUCCCACUCCUUUUCCUUCCCUCCUGUGCUGCAGAGCCACCCAUGGUGCCAUGAACUCGGCUGCUGCUGUCUUCCCCUGAAGAGACAUCUCCCCCAACAGUAUCCAAAACAGUAUAUCUGUUUAGGAGGGAGAUAACCUCAGGGGACUCCUGCACUACCUGUCUACUGCUACGCUGUCCAGUGGCCACCCAUUCCCUUUCUGCCUGUGUAGCCUUUACCUGCGGUGUGGCCAACUCACUGAACGUGCUAUUCACGACUUUCUCAGCAUCGCGGAUGCUCCAGUAUGAAUCCAAUCACAGCUCCAGCUGCUCAAUGCAGUCUGCCAGAAGCUGCAGCUGGACACAUUUCCUGCACCCAUAGUUGUCAGGAACACUGGAAGUAUCUCUGAUUUCCCACAUGCUGCAGAAUGAACCAACCACGGGGCCGAUCUCAGCUGUCAUGACCCAAUACGUUGCCUCAACUUUUGAAACGUUCUCCUUUUAAAGGAACUUACCCAGCCUUACCUCACUUGGAGUGAAGCUUGUCCUCAGCCUCUGGAGACAAAGUCUUCCUACUCUGUCUCCCUCUACUCCGUUGCCCGCUACAACGGUUUGCUGGAUAUCCCACAGAUAAGGCUGAAAUUGAUAUCCAUAUUAUUAGUUAAUUGCCUCUGUAGACUAUUAGUAGACACACAAAAUUCAGCCAUAAAGUAUUUAAUAAAUAUCAGAAAUAGCCUUUUCAUUUCUGUUGACCAGCUGGCAAAACUAAAUCUGAAUAAAGCGCUUCAAUGAUCAAAAUUGCCAAUGGCAGAUGUUUGAAAGAAGCUGGUGUGAAUUUCAGCCUGCAUGAAAGGGUAACUUCUAUCUUGUCCAUGAGCUGAAAGGGAUCAACAUUGUUAUCCUGUCUGUAUUUCAUGUCAUUGAUGAGAAAAAGGAUGGUCUGCAUUGGAAAGGAUUUUGCCCUUUGGAAUCUUGUUAUGAUGACCGAAACUCUGAAAUUUGUUUCAUGCUGCUGUUUGAGGCUCUUUCUCUAUAGAUCUGUAUACUUAUCAUUGGGAUAAUAUGAACAUAUUGGAUGGUCAUAUUUCAGUGGAAGAAAAAAAAUAAUAAAUCAAAUUAAGAACUCAA